AUGCCGCCUCUCACUUCUCUCGAUGGCGGCUCUGGUUCUCCAAUCCCGGCCUCACCUCUCCUUCGAUUGCCCAGCCAUCGUCCUCCCUUGAACCUUCACAGCCUCAUCCUCUUCCCCUUGACUCAUCCUCAUUACCUCGUCGGUCUGUGCGUGUCCCACGUCAUUCUUCCUAUCUUCAGGACUAUGAAGCUCAUCACACCGCCUUGCUCACGCCCGGAGUCGCUUCUUCCUCCACGUCUAGAACUAGGUAUUGACUUCACUGACACAUUUGCUCCGGUUGCGAAGUUGAUCACUGUCCGCUACUUACUCACGGUUUCGGCUGCUCGCCAAUGGUUUCUUCAUCAAAUGGACGUUCAGAAUGCGUUUCUCCAUAGCGACCUCCAUGAGGAGCUUUACAUGUUACCUCCGCCUGGUUCACGUCGACAAGGGGAGCAGCAGGUUGUAUGUCGACUUCACAAGUCCUUAUAUGGACUGAAACAAGCUCUACGGAGGUGGUUUCGAAAGUUUUCAUCUAAUAUAUGUGGCAUUGGUUUCAAGCAAUCUAGGGCAGAUUACUCUCUGUUCGCACAGGUACAUGGAAGUUCCCUGACUAUUAUAUUGCUCUAUGUAGAUGACAUGAUCAUCACAGGGAAUGAUGAAGAGGUAAUCUGUAAAUUGAAGCAUUUCCUUGGAAACCAAUUCCGAAUCAAAGAUCUCAAACCCUUGAAAUAUUUCCUUGGUGUUGAGGUGGCACGGUCAAAAACGGGAAUUUCUAUAUGUCAACGCAAGUAUACUCUUGACAUUUUGGAAGAAGCUGGACUACUUGGAGCUAAACUAGCCAAGGUUCCCAUGAAUCCUGAUAUAACAUUAUCUUCUACAGGUGAACUGCUCAAAGAUCCUACUAGGUAUCGACGCUUAGUUGGAAAGCUAAUCUAUCUCACAAUUACAAGGCCAGAAGUUACUUAUGCAGUCAAUACACUCAGUCAAUUUAUGCAAGAGCCUAAACGUCAACAUCUUGAUGCUGUAAAUCGUCUACUUCACUACCUUAAAGGAGCUCCAGGGCAAGGGCUGUUAUUCUCUACACAGAACAAGUUGAACCUAAUUGGUUAUUGCGAUGCUGAUUGGGCUUGA